CGCGAGUGAGUCCAAUGGCGGCAGGUCCUCCAGCAUCCCAGCAUUCCCUCCCCAAUACCACCACUCCCGCUUCCCCAGCCCCAACAACAACAACAACACCACCACCACCCCCUGGCUCAAAGUUUACAGUCACUGAAGAGGACAGCUGAGGAGACCGUCAGUGUCAGGGACUGACGGAGGGAGGAGACGGGCUGAGGGAACGUGGAAACAGGGCUCAGGGAGGUGAAGAUAGAGCUGAGGGAAAGAUGAGACUGGGGCUGAGGGACGGGAGCUAACACUGAGGAAGGCGAGACAACACCUGAAGGAGGGGAGGUAGGAGCUAAGGGAGGGCAGACAGGGCUGAAAGGAGGUAGGAGCUGAGGGAGGGCAGAGGGACAAGAGAAGGGGCUCACAGAAGACGAGAGCUGAGGGAUGAGCGACAGGAGCUGAGGGAGUGGAGACAGAGCAGGAGUGAGGGGGCUGAGACUUAACGUUAGACCAAGGUAGAGAAGAUGAGGGUGUUUCAGCGUUAGGGGACCAGGGGAGGCAAGACCGAAAGUGGGCCAGACAGCCGGGAGUCAGAGGGAAUGAGGGCGAGCCAGGCAGCUGAUGGUCAUAGUAAUUGAGGGAGGCCACGACAGGGUAAAAUGGGGGGAGCGUUGGUCAGUUCAGACUGAGGGAAGGAGUAGCCAGGCUAAGGGUUUCCUAGGAAAAUAUAGAUUGAGAAGUGAGGGAGGGUAAGUGCAGUGAGAACCACAAAGGGGGCAAAGUGACAGACAAGAGUAGAUCACAUAGAGUAAGAGGCAAGGGUUUUGACGGAUUAGUAGCAGGCUGGAGUUAGUGAAGGGGGCUGGUAGAACAGAACGUUGAGGAUCAGAAUGGUAGACUGAGCUAGUAAAGCUGAGAUAUAUACUGGAACAAACAGGGCUGAACGAGGACAGCAGAGAGCCUGGUUUGCCAAAAAACACAUCCAGAGAUCGCACAGACCAAGAAGUCCUGUGAUCUUUACACCAUCCUGUGAGGGGGAUUGGUAUGGAGAAUGUUGCGAAGAACUCCCUUGAAACUGCUCCAACUCAGACCUUUGCCACCCCUCCCACGGCUGCUGGCUGGAUCAAUGGCUGGUAUUACAGCCACUACGUUGACAUAUCCACUAGACUUGGUGCGAGCACGAAUGGCCAUAACUCCAAAGGAAAUGUAUGGCAAUAUUUUGCAUGUCUUCAUCCGGAUAACUCGAGAUGAAGGAGUCAAGACCUUGUACAGUGGGUUCUCGCCCACUAUCCUUGGGGUAAUUCCAUAUGCCGGGCUCAGCUUCUUCACUUACGAAACAUUGAAGAAAUUCCAUGGAGAAUUAACUGAGAGAGCCUAUCCGUACCCCCACGAGCGGCUACUUUUUGGGGCAUGUGCUGGCUUAAUAGGCCAGUCGGCCUCCUACCCUCUUGAUGUGGUACGGCGACGGAUGCAGACAGCAGGAGUGCAAUGCCGCAAGUACACUAGCAUUUUGGAGACAAUGCGUCAGAUCAUUGUGGAAGAGGGUGGAAUUGGUGGCCUGUACAAAGGCCUGAGCAUGAACUGGAUCAAGGGCCCUAUUGCUGUGGGGACCAGCUUCACCACCUUCGACCUCAUGCAGAUUCUGCUCCGGAAAAUGCAGGACAGUACCUUACAAAGGUAGUAACUACAAGGACGGGUGAUCUGGAACCUGAGGACUUAGACAAAUGGAAAAAAUAGCAUCUCACUAAUAAGUGUCCAGGAUGGGAAUUGACAGUUGCUGGACAUGUAUUUACAAGCUGGAAUAACAGUGUGACUCAAGGUUAAUCGUGCUAUGUUAGCAGUUGAAACUCUGGUGCCUCACACCCUCUCUGAAGCUGUUUCAAUAAUUUAAUUAAAUAUUGAUUUUUGUUGACCUUUUUAAGUUGUCAAAGUUGAAAUGGGUCUGCGCUGCUUUAGAGUGCUGUCCAUAUCCUGCAUGGCUUCUUGUGUCCGUGUACAAGAAUAAAGUUCCCAUUCAGUAAAAGAGAGAAUGCAACUGAGACAUGCAUGUUGGAAUGUCCCAGUUUUGUUCCCACAAUCAGCCUCUACGUUGGGGCGUGUGACGGCACAUGGUGGGGGAAGCAUACAGGCUUCCUGAUUGCUGCCCAGUAGGGCCACUAACUUGACAAAGCAAGAGAGAGCAGGGGCAGGCUGAAGUGGUCUGGGAUCUCUUUCCCCUCCGCACGCACACAACAUCCUCCCACCCCCACCCAACCCGUUGCAACUACCCCAUGCCUUGGUAAAAAUGGUCUGAAGCUAUGCUGUUUCACACUGGAAGAUUAGUUGCUGAGCAGAGCCACAGAUCAGGCUGUAUCGAGCUGGAACUGAUUCCUAUAGAAGAAGGUUAUAAAAACAAAGCUUGGGCCACAUUUGCAUUCUGCGACUUAUCGGGAUGAAAAUGACUAGUUGGAAGUCCCCGACUGCAUGUAUUUGGGUUUUAAAAUAAUCUCUUUUAGUUUGUAAAAAUAUUCAGAUUCCCCCUAUGCUCCCAAGCUGUGACAUUGCAUUAGAGGUUUUAACCCAUUGCUGUUUGGAGUGGUCAUGUGCUAACUAGCAGCAGUUCCAUUUUUUUAUCCCUUUUGCAAAUGGCUCCCUUUUAGUGACAAACGAGCUAAGAGAUCCUAUAUGUUACAGUAUUGUUGCCAAGCCUUCAGUUGCCUUGCUUGAAAAAUUUGAAAUAUUACACUAAUUUAUUAACAUUUUUAUAAAAGGAGAGUUAUUGACAGCUGAUUUAGAUUUUGCAAAAUACAAUUUCCUCAUCUCCACCUGCUUCCCUUUUUAGCUGUCCAUUAUCUCUGAGGCAGUGAUGUCCUUUUAAGGAAUAUGCAUCUUUCUUACCAAACCUUGUGCUGUCCCUGUCCUGGGAGUGUUUGAUGGGAAUAAUGUAGAGGGAGCUUAUUUAGCCCUAUGCUUUACCUGUCCCGAGAAUGUUUGAGGAUAGUGGAGAGCUUUACUCGCUGAUACACCUUGUCUGGAACUGUUUAGCUGAUGAUAAAUUAUAGAUGCCUUAAAUGGAUUGGUUCCCUUGCCUUGAUGAUAGACACACAAAUUGAAAGCCAAAUUGAAGUUGAGUUCCUAGUUUGUGAGAACUCAGAUGAGAUGCAAAUUGGGAACUGGCAUACACUGAGCUACGUCCACACACACCAGGAAAGGUUAGAAAUCAAGGAGGGGUGUUUAUUGCAAAAACAAAGACAAUUAUUGCUCCUUUUUCCUAUAAUAUAUUUCCACUUUGAUUCCAUCAUUAAAGGCAUGGUCUAGCAAAAACAUCCAUGGAGAAAGGGAUAUGUCCUGAAGGUCCCAUGAGAGAUGAGGAACUUUGGAGCAAAUUGACCUUCUCCUCUGCCCAUUUUCCCAUCCCACUCAUUGUGUCUCUACCACAGCCUAUCCAAAAAGACUGUCUUCUGCCAUACCUCAGCCUACUCAAAAUAACUCUCUUUAGUCCAGCUCAUUCAAUCUUGUAAUAAUUCUACCUUGUCAUAUUUGUAAUUUAUUUCACAUAGCAUUACCUUGCUAUUCUGGGUCAUCACGCACACUAGGGAGUGGACCUCGGCCACAGGGGCCUCCAUUCAUUGAGGAUUCCGAAGGGUUUUGUCCAGUUUAGCCAAACGUACAAUUAGAAGUCACUGUAUCCAGCAGCAGUAGCUCCCUGGAGACCUGGUGUGGCUGUGCACAGUGUAUGAGGGAGCAGAAAGGACGAUGGGAUAGAGGGUCCAUUCAGUCAUGUUGAACAUCCUUCACAGGCCAGAUUCCAACCUGCAUUGAGACCCAAUAUGGCCCUCAGAAUUGCCUUUACUUGCAAGUGACUUUCAUUCAAAGAUGUUGAACUGUAGUCUGUUAUUUGAGUAAAUCUGUUAAUGAAAAAUAAAAUUAUUUAAGUUUUAAUGAAAAAAAGGCUGUCCUUUGUUUGGGAGUCCCAAGAAUUGUGGAGAAAGUUGAGACCUUUAUGUUCCCCAUCUGAUUCCACCUCACUUCCUGUUAGUGUGACCCUGGAUCAGGAGCCAUUCUACCAAUGUCAAUCAACUGUCCUCUGAGGAGUGCCUUCCUACAUAGGGAGCACCUGCCACCUGUUUGACCAUGAUGUGACAAGCUAGACCCCAUCUUCUCACAUUGUCUGCUCAUUAACCUUCCUGAGGUAGGACAUUAUAUUGUAAACUGACCUUGAAGUCUGUUUUCUAAACAUUUCUGCAGUAAAUAUGUUUGACAGCAGAUGGUGCUGUUUCACAGGAGAGUUUGAAGAGUUGGCUGCAGUAGUUUUUGUGAAGAUACUACUGCUAUCAUUUGUGAGGGGAGAGUGUGACAUAAUUGGAAUAUGUGCAGGAGACAACCCAAUAUUUCUUUACUGUUGCAACUUUCUUUUUGUGUGUGAGCUGCUUUAGUUGCAAACUUCAAAAAAUUUCAAUGUGGAAUGAUGGCACUGAUCUCUGCUCCAGUGUAGACUUGUGCUUCCCACAGUAACCUGUCUCCCUCUGAACUUGCCGCACUCUAUCCCCUCAGCUCCUUGUUACUCCGAUCUUGUUAUCAAAGUUGCCAAUAGGGGUGGUUUGGUUGCUGACAUCUACCUGGCAGAGGAUGAGCGCUAACUCUCAGGCACUUUGUCCUAUCUCCUCUUCCAUUAUGGAUUGUUAUUGAACAUGAAGCUGUAAUUUCCAGGACUGUCACAAACUUUAUCUGCUCUGGAGAUCUAUCCUCCACAGCUUCCCAUCUCCAUAGUCCGCAGCCCUGCAAAUUUCGGCAAGAUAAUGGUUGCCACAGAUGUAAACAACUUCAAAAAAAUGGCAAACCAAUAAAUUGGUGUUUUGAAUGAGUAAUGAAUUGAAAUAACCUUUAAGAAAUGCUAAGCAACAAAGCUUAAUAAAGUCAAUCAUCAUCUUUUUGGUUAAGAAGCAGAACUAGAGUGAGAGAAACAUCCCCAAUUCGUGAUCACUUGGGAAGGGGCUGGUGACGUGCUGAGGUGGGGAGUUAGCUUUAGCUGGCACUGAUCUUGGUAGACCAAGCUGAGAGCUAACCUCAGUAAUAUUCACAUGAAAAUGGGUGUCAGAAGUGAGUUAACUUUCAGCCUGAGGUUUAUUCCUCUUUUGGUUCACUGCACCUCACUAUCCUCUCCCACUUAGUCUCUCUUUACUUCUAUCAUUUUCUCUCCCCACCCUCCUUUCUACCUCCACUUUUCUCAACUAUCACCUCCUUUCCCUCUCUGUCUGUCUUCUGAGCUGGAAUUCCCAGUCUGCCAUGAGCAUGGGAAGAGAGUUCAAACAGAACAUUGCCAUGGAAUCACCGAUUAACCAAUCAGUUUCCUGACCGAAUAACCAAAAAAGGAACUCUGUAAGGUUGACAAAUCAGGGUGGUGAAAGGGUAAUCAAUGCCAGAAGUAGUUGGGAAAGAGAGAUUAGCAGGAGUUUCCUGAUGCCCUGACUAUUUUUCCACCCCCCCCCCCAAAAUCACCAUCGUGACCUGCCUGUUUCCAUCCACCAUCUGACUCUCAUUGCCUUCUCCCUGUGAUGCAACCCAUUUCCUACCUGUUCCUCCACCACCCCUUUCCACCCUCCCACAUCAAGCUCAAACCUCUCUGAAAGCCUCUGAUUCUCAGAGCCCGCUCGCUGAUUCAUGCCAUGGCUCCAGGCUUCGGGAGUCUGAUGGAUGAGCUGUAAGUUCAUUUACCAGUGAAACUGGUAUCGGGCUGUAUGUGGCUGCAGCUGUAGCUUGGGUGUUCCUGGAUAUUUUCUGAUCAACCUAUUCAGAAUUGUCAUUAUACACAUCUGGGGCAGGUGGGGCUUAAGCCUGGGUCUCCUGGCUCAGAAUGAGGGACACUGCCAUGAGAGCUGUAGCCUGGGCAUUCCUAAUUUUGUGUAUUGGACUGCUGUCACCUGGUUCCAUGCUCUCCCACCUAAUUGUAACGAUGUUUAAAACUUAUUUUGGAUUCUCCCUGUUAUUCUGAUGUUCCCCUGAGGGGUUAGUGAUGCCCCCUUCUAAUUUCUCAUCUACGCAAGCUGCCUUCAGCGAUGUUAUCUGAAAGCACUGUGUUUAUGUCUCCAUGUGUAUACUGAUCUUGGUUCUACCUCACCAUUACGUCUCUCAAAACCUGUUGUUAAAUUGUAAGAUUUCUUACCCACAUCCAGUCCUGGACUUGCAGAAACUUCUUUCUAAUAAAUAUUGGGAAGAUUAAAGCUGGUUUUCUGUUACACAGAAAAUAGGAGUAGGAGUAGGCCAUUUGGCCCUUCAAGUCUGUUCCACCCUUCGAUAUGAUCAUCCAGCUCAGUAGCCUAUUUCCGAUUACUUCCCAUACCCUUUGAUCAUUUUAGACCUAAGAACUUUCUCCAACUCUUUGAAAACAUUGAAUGUUUUGGCCUUAACUGCUUUCUGUGGCAGAGAAUUCCACAGGCCAUACAUUCUCUGGGUGAAGUUAUUUCUCCUCAUCUUAGUCCUAAAUAGCCUACCCUAUAACCUUAAACUGUGACAUCUGGUUCUGGACUCCUGGGUCAUUGGGAACAAUCAGGAAUGUUUCCUAGUCACCAACUCUGAUUCCUGUCCCUGCUAACAGGCUCAGAGUAAACCACUCUGCUUGCAAUCUUGGUGAAUGAAGAUUCUGACCAGCAUUCAUGGCAUUAUGAAGGCUGCCUGUUUCCAGUUCUGUAACAUUGCUCAUCUUCACCCUUCUCUCAGCUCAUCUACCUCAUUCUUGGCUUUAUUAAUUCUUCCCUACUACAGUGCACUCACUAGCUGGUCUUCCUCAUUCUCCGUUCUGUAAAUGCAGGGCCAUCUAAAACUUUGCUCCAGUAUUUAACCCACAACAAGUACCACUCACUUAUCAAUCAGCCUUGUGCUUACUGUCAGAUGCUCCAGUCAACCAACAACUUGAUUUUAAAAUUCUUAACCUUGUAUUAAAAUCCCUUCAUAGCCUUGUCCCUGGCUUGCUGUAUAAUUCUGGCCUUUUGAGCAAACCUGGUUUUAAGUGCUCCUCCACUGGUGGCCUUGCAUUCACCUUCCGAGGUUCGAAGCACUGGAAUUCCCAUCCUGAACCUCCCUAUCUCUCAGUCUUGAAGAAACUCUAAAACUUAAAGGUGCGAUAUGAAUGUAAGUUGUCAUUGAGUUAUGAUCUCAGUGCAUUGUUGCUAAUCAGGUGACGAACUGUUGCUCACUGAUUUUCAAACGCUACGGUUCUGUGAGUGAUUGAGAGAAUAAAUCCCACUCACCAGUGGCCUAUUCUGCUGCUCAUUGGUUCUUGGGAAAUGUAUGUGUGCAAUAAGAAAUGAGAAUUGACAUUGUCUAUGCUACUAAUAAACCUUUUUAAAAAAUAAACUGUUUCCAUGGUUCUAAA